UUGCAGUCCGUCAACGUUUUGAAGCCUGCACCAGAUGAAGUCGGUUUGGCUUCGAAGAUCUCUCUUAGAAGACGUUCGUCUCUGGCUGGUGGAACAACAAUGGAUGAAGUCAAGAGCAAUUAUGAGAAAGUCAAGCAAGACGUUUCCGCGCAUUUUUCAUCUCGUGAAACUUUUCUUUUCCAUCGACUCGAAGAAUCCGACGAAUUAGAGACCGGUAUCCGUGAGUUCAUGAGAGCGAUUUAUUUUGUUCUCGAGAGCAAACGGGUGGAUCAGUCAUUUGAGAAACUGGAGUGUCCGCCAUGCCCUGUGUUGCCAGAGGAAGAGAAGUUCCGACUUGGUGUGGAGAAUAAAACAUCUAAAACAUACAGGCGUAAAUGUAUUGGUCGUGCCCGGAAGCAGAACGCCGAUUAUGCUAUGCUCACAGGCCUACCGCAGCUAGCUCUUGACUCAUAUGCAGCAUCUAUGGAUAUGCUUAGGUCUUGCAACGACAUGCUUUGGUUUGCUGGCGCUUGUGAAGGUUGGGCUUGCGCUGCCAUGGCACUCAUCUACGAUAGCUUGGCCUCAAGUGCCGUUAUGUAUCGUGUCGCUAGUAUGACACCUUCGCAAAUGAGAGAUAUUGACCACACGGGACAUCUCUCACUCGGAGCAGCAAUAAGCGCUGCAACGGCGUUUCAGCAUACUUUGGGUGUGUCACUGGGGCAUCAACGACAUCGUUCCGAUGAAAAUACGAGAGUCAUACCUGUUGCUGAUGACGGCAGCGAU